AUGGCUGUAUUAUCACAAGGCGUUGGCUAUGGUGUCGUUGUCGGGUUUGGAGCAUUGUUUACUUUGCUUAUGCUGGGCAUCACUUGGCUUCUUAAGCGGUACCUUCACGAGGUACAAACAUCUGAAAUGUUCAUGACGGCAAAGCGCUCUGUCAAAACAGGCUUAAUUGCUAGUGCGAUCGUAUCUUCAUGGACUUGGGCGGCAACAUUAUUGGUUAGCACAGAGGUUGCAUAUCGAUAUGGUGUAUCUGGUCCUUUGUGGUAUGCCUCUGGUGCCGUUGUGCAGGUUCUCUUGUUCUCGGUGCUCGCCAUUGAGCUCAAACGUAGAGCUCCCAAUGCACAUACAUGCUUGGAGGUCAUCCGAGCACGAUAUGGAAGAUCAACGCAUAUCGUAUACCUCGUGUUUUCUUUGGUGACCAACAUUAUUGUCACAGCAAUGCUGCUACUAGGAGGAAGUGCAGUGGUAUCCUACCUUACAGGGAUGCAUGUGAUUGCAGCAUGCUUUUUGCUGCCUGUGGGUGUUAUCAUUUACACCUUGUUUGGUGGAAUCAAGGCCACUUUUCUAUCCGAUUACACGCACACGGUUGCUAUCCUCAUUGUUAUUCUUUAUGUCGUAUUUACGGUCUAUGUAUCAUCUUCGCAAAUCGGAUCGAUUGAACGCAUGUACGACCUAUUGACCAUUGCCAGCAUCAACAACCCUAUCGAGGAUAAUGCUGAAGGCUCGUUGUUGACCAUGUCAUCCGUACAAGCGCUUAUCUUUGGGAUCAUCAACAUUGUGGGUAACUUUGGCACCGUCUUUGUGGAUAACGCGUAUUGGCAAAGAGCGAUUGCUGCACAUCCCAUGUAUGCUGUCAAGGCGUAUCUUAUCGGUGGGUUGGCAUGGUAUGCGAUUCCUUUUACCUUGGCAACCACAAUGGGUUUGACUGGACGUGCAUUGGGAAUCGAGUUGACGGAUGCUGAAGUCACAGCUGGACUCGUGUUGCCAGAUGCAUGCGUUGCAUUACUUGGUUCCUCUGGUGCAUGGAUUGCAUUGCUACUUGUUUUCUUGGCUGUUACGAGUGCUUCAUCCGCCGAAUUGAUUGCCGUAUCCUCUAUUUUCACCUAUGACAUUUUUCGUGCGUAUAUCAAGCCUGACGCUUCAGAUCAAUUGGUGAUUCGUUUCUCGCACUUAUCAGUACUCACCUUUGGUAUCCUUAUGGGAGUAUUGGCAACAUUGCUUAAUUUAACGGGCAUCAACUUGGGCUAUCUUUAUAAGCUAAUGGGUGUCGUUAUUUCAUCUGCUGUGAUCCCAAUCACGCUUACGUUGCUAUGGAGUAAACAGAACCGCAUGGCUGCAACCAUCGCACCCAUUUUCGGUUUUACCGCUGCAAUCAUUACUUGGCUCACGACCACCCAUGGAUUGUAUGGCGAAAUUACUGUCGAUACCACAAAUCAAAACAUGCCAAUGAUGGCUGGCAACUUGGUCGCCUUGUUUUCACCUUUGCUCGUUACGGUGCCUUUAUCUUUGUGGAAGCCUGAUAAUUUUACCUUUGACGCCACCCGUAAUAUUGAAAUUAUUGAAGAAGAGACUACACCGGAACCAGCUGCUAUCCAAAAAGAGGAAGAUGUUGAAGCCGAACAAGCUCAAAUGCGCAAAUCCGCACGAUUCGCUAAAUACACCAGUGUUAUCCUUGCACUUUGCCUCUUUGUGCUAUGGCCGCUACCAAUGUUUGGCUCACAGUAUGUCUUUUCCUUGCCAUUUUUCCGUGGUUGGGUGAUCGUAUCCAUUAUUUGGGUGUUCUACAGCACAUUUGCCGUUGGCUUGUUUCCCUUGUGGGAAGCGCGCAAAGAUGCUGUCAUUGUCUUUCGAGCCAUUUGGCAAGAUUUACGAGGCCGACGACAGCUGGCGGAUCUUCCCACCAAGGUCACUGUUCAAGGUAUAACAUCUGUACCUGAGAACGCAGAUGGCGUGGUCUUUGAGGAUAAAAAGAUUUAA